GUAAAUAAAAACAAAACCGAGAGCCUACAGGUCGCAAAUCCUUGUGGACAAAAAAGUCGUGUAUAUUUUUUGUAAAUAGUUUUAAAAUUCAACAUCGAAAAUGUGUUCUGUUCCGAUCAGCUGCCAACUUAGCUAGAAUGACAAAAAAGAAACCAUCACCACAAAACCGCAUCUGGGAAAAGGAACGCCGCGACCGGUUGAACCAAACGUUUGACAGCUUGGCCAAGCUGCUGCCCGACUAUGAGCCGGCUACGCAGCUCAGCAAGAUCGAGAUCCUCCAGCGGACGAUCGAGCAUGUGGAGAAACUACAGGACAAGAUUAAAGCCUUCCUCGAGGAGCAGGACGAGCUGCUGAAAAAACACGUUGACGAACUGGAGGAACGUCUGCAGGCACUGAUUGCUCGUAACGAAGAUCUGGCAGCCUUGCUGAAGAAAGCAAACAUCACUGUGCCACCAUGUAAGGCGGAAGCGAUCGCGAAGAGGGAUUCACCUGAGGAUCAGCUAAUUAAACCUUUAGACGACGUUAGCAAAAAGACUGUAUCGAAGGACCAAGAUGUUGUGCAAGACAAAGUUGUAGCGGAAUGUCCCGUAACGAGUUCUGCUUCAGCGAAUAUCACGAAUUCGAACAAAACAUUAGAAUGUAGGACUUUAGAAAUUCAACCAGCAGAGCCAGCAGCUGUCACAACCGUAAUCAAUGAUACUGCGGUUGCUGCGGAAUCAACGCCAGCAAUGUCCACCGUCAACAUCCCGAGUACGUGCCUCGUAAUGGCCAACAAUCAGAUUGUUGGAACGCUUCAGCAAACGAAUGGAGUCAACGUAACAUCCUCCCUGCUGCCAACGCCAAUAAUGGCCACCGGUGUCAUCAUAUCGAACAACGGAAACGUGCUCCAGAUGCCAAUGGUACCGUCCGCAUCGUCCCUCCUGAUCGUCAGCAACGAGGAUGUUCGCGCCAAGAUCAGCAUGAAGAAACGGCGAGCACGAACCGGCGCUGACUCCAAAGCAUCGCCGAAGAAGAGCAAAUCUUCGGGAAAAUUCACGAUAAAGUCGAUCGAUGUGAUACCGGGCCGGAUCGUGAACGGGAAGAUUCCGAUUCCGGCGCUCAAGCGGUCACCACAGCCAUCGAAGAAGGAGCGAAAGCAGUACCGCAAGAAGCGAAGUCGGAAGGAGGUUGAGGGGGUGAAGGAUCAUGAUGGGAGGGAAGCGAAAAAAGCGAGGGUUGAUGAGGAGGGAGGGUCGACUGGGCAACCGGAAGAACAAGAUCAAGUUGAAGAUCCGAGUGUACAGAAGGUGAAUGAAGAGUGCAAUAAGGCGGUUGAGCAAAAGGUUGUUGAGGAAACUAAAGCGAAUGAUGUUCCAGAACCAGAAGAUCAGGCGAAUUCCUUGGAUAUGAACCUUGAUCAGGGAGAUUUGUCGGCGGAUAUUUUCGCGAAUCUACAAGUCCCAGUUGGAGAGACUGACGAUCAUCAGGGAUCGCUUUCACCGACGGCUGCAUAUCUGAUGAACUUCCCACUGGUUGCAAUAGGUGGAAAAGCCAGUGGGAAUCAUGUCGAAGGAUCUGGGGACGUGGAAGAUGGAGACUGUACGGAGUUGGAUAAGAAAGCGUCGACGCAACAAGCUAGUGAUACCCUUUUGUUGGAUAACUUCUCGUCGUACUUCAAUUCCAGCGGAUACGGAGGACUGGAGAGCAUAUUGCCUCCUUUGCCGGAUAUUCCAUUGACUAGUACAGCUACGAAUGUCUCCACCCUGUACCAGUCGAUCGACAGCAUGCUGGAGCACAAGACUUCUCGUACAACGAGUAGUUCCGACUGUCGGUACAACUCAGCUCCGUUCACCUUCACGCUAACUUCUUCCACAACCACAGUUUCGACGCAGUCCUGCUACGACUACAAGCAUUCUUCGUCAUCCGGGUACUUCUAUCCGACGCCGGUGACCUCUAGCAAACCGAUCGACGAGUACUGCUUGCUGAAGCCAGCGAUCGUCAGCGAGUUUACGUUCUGCUUGACCAGCACGACUCCCAGCGCUCCGAAGACCGUCCAGUCGCAGUAUACGAACAGUGCGAUAUUCGCUUCAACGAUUACAACGCCCUCUUACAGCACGUACGGACAUCAACCCAGAAGUAGCAACAAAGCUGCCAGUUACAGUUCCAACUACAUUCCUGACGCGGCGAAGACUGUUGCAAAAACGCCCAAGAAGUACGAUUUGCCGGAAGCGGAGAAACCUGCGACGAGCUUCACCUUCUCGCUGACGUCAACCACCAAAAGUGUGCCCAAAUAUACGCACUCGGUAAUGACUACAACGUCUUCAGGCUGUGUAGUACAAUAUCCAGUGAGCAGCGCUUCUUCCAACUACAGCAAGGUUGAAGAUUGCUUGUACAAAAGCGUAAAAUCGUCGCAUCAACCAUACAAAACUUCCUCCAAGCCGAAGAACAAUUCGUAUCCAGCUGUAACCAAUUACCAGUCCGUCACGAAUACACAAUCAAAGUACGAAGUCAGCUGGAUGGCUUCUCAAGACCCAAAGCUCCCUACCACAAGUCAGGACUACAACCAGCUGCACCCGUCAAUCGAAUUCAACAACAGCUCCUAUCAAACAAACUUCGAUCUAAGCCGGAAGUCGGAUAUCUUCUUUGCUCAUCCCACUGCAGAGGACAACUUGGUUUCAUGGUCGCCAAACAAACUCACCAACAUCCUGAACGACACUUCGUCUUCCUACUAUCCUCCCACCGCCACUAGUCUACCAAACCUGAACGGAGAUCUUGCCCUGAACAACUUACCCAACUAUCAACCACCCACAACCACCACCAAGACCAGCUCCCAAAGGAAAGCCAACGAUUCCGGAAGCACCUUCCUCUCCGUGCAACAGCUUGUCGAUCAACCGAGAAGAAACACCACCAAAACCUACCCCAGUUGUAGCAACUACUCGACUACGCAACAGAAACCGCUGAACAACAACUAUUCCGCCGAAUCGUUGAUAGCUGCUCCUAGCGCCAAGAACAAUACCUGCAGCACGUACAACUCCGCCGACAACCCACUGUCGUUCAACUUUGACUACUCGACGGACUACAACAAAAGCUACAACUACGGCUGUCAGCAGAACUACAUGCCUUCCUUCAUCGACAACAGCUACGGACUACCAACGCUUCCUCCUCCAACCGUUACCACCUCAUCAGCAUCCGUUACCAACUACUCCAACUACAGCUACUCAACAGACAAGAAGCAAUCCACCACUUACUACCAGAGUUCAUCCUACCAAACGACACCCGCAGACGUCCCCUACUACGUCCCAUCCAGCGAGAAGCGAACCCACCAGCAAACCACCACAACCUCCCCCACCAAAUCCAAAAAACACCACAAACAACCCGUCACCAACGACUUCUUCCCGACGAUCCUCCCACCACCCCCCAGCAUCCCAGACGACCCGCUUUCCUACACCAACUUCAACUUCAACACCCCGAAACCAUCGUCGCAGUCAACCUACGCACCUGCCUCAACAAACUACUCCAACAACCAUUCCUACCAGCAACCUCCGACGAAUGUGACGACGACGACGCCAGGAAGCUCGCUGGCGAACUUUAACCUGAGCACGAUCUGUCCGGAAAUCAACGAGAAAAGUGGGGGCGCCAACGGGGGACCGGCGACGGUGGCCGCAACCGUACCGCCCAUGAGGCAUGCAAUAACCGGCGGAGCCGGGUGGUGAUCGAGUUUUGUUGGGGGUUUUUUUUUGUAAAAAAAAUAUGUUUUUU